AUGUCGGCCAAGACGAAGAAGAAGGAGAAGCCGUCGUUUAUGCGGAGGAUGACGACCAUGAAAAUUGCUUCUCCCAGCCAGCCGACGUCCGCCUUGUUCAUGGCUUCUCUGGUAUCGUCGGCACAGGUCUUCAACGCUACCCACAAACCCAUGUACAUCCACGAUGCGUUUAAGAAACACGCCGUGAGGGUGUGGAAAGAAGCUUGCGGAGGCGACAAGGUACUCACACAUGAGAAAUUCCUUCGCUUUUUCAAGAGAACCCAAGGUGUUACGACCACGGAUCUUCCAGAUAAGGACGUGUAUACCUUCGAGGAAUUCUUCUGGGCUUGGAGCAACAACAAGGCAGCAUGGAAUGCAGUACAACCCUUGGAUCCCAACGAAACCGACCUCACGUAUCCGAUUAGCAAUUAUUUCAUCAACAGCAGCCACAACACAUACUUGGAAGGAAAUCAACUGUCGUCCAAGAGCUCCGCAGAGGCAUACAAAGCCGUAUUACGGAACGGUUGCAGAUGUAUUGAAAUUGACGUGUGGAACGGUGCCCCGUCACGAACGCCAUCCAAGUCUCCGCACGGGGAACAUCGCCGACAUAUAUCAAAUGUUUCCGCCAUGUCACGAUCGAGCGUUCGACAUGGCUCAAGCCUGAGCGUCGAUCAUCCAGGUCUUUACACAAUGCGAACUCCCCGAGACAGUGGCACGAGUCUGGAUCCGAAAGAACUGAGCGAUCGUUUGGAUCAAUCCACAUCAUCAUCCGGCUCCAUCAAGAGGGUUGAGCCCAUCGUGCACCACCAUGGAACUAUGACUACCACGGUGCCUUUUCGGGAGGUUUGCAAGGCUGUUCGAGAAGAGGCGUUCGUAACCAACCAUUUACCGAUCAUCGUCAGUCUGGAGGUUGGCGCGGAUCGUGAGCAACAAGAGAUGAUGGUGGAGAUCAUGAAGGAGGAAUGGGCCGGAUUGCUUCUCGAAGAGCCUUUCGAAGACUGCGAUCAUCUAAAGCAACAACCUCGACUGGAACAAUUGCUCGACAAGAUUCUGAUCAAGGUGAAGCGGUUGGAUGAUUCCAAUGGUGAGAUACAGGAAGCUCAGCGUGGGCGAUCUCUGACUGUCAGCUCUCUGCGCUCCAAACCACCAAUCUGCGAAAUGCUUGCCGCUCUGGCUAUCUACACGCGCAGUGAGCAUUUUUCCGAUCUCAAAUCCCUAUCCUCAACAACCCCCAGCCAUAUUUUCAGUGUGAACGAGGACAAGUUUCUGGAUAUGAUAUCCCAGGAUAAGGCCAAGCUGAAGAAGAUCAUGGAUCACAACAAGCAAUACUUUAUGCGAAUCUACCCCAAGGGCCUUCGGUUCGACAGCAGUAACCCCGACCCUACUAUUCCGUGGCGAAGAGGUGUGCAGAUGGUGGCUAUGAACUGGCAGAAGACCGACGAAGGCACGAUGCUCAACGAUGCCAUGUUUGCGGACACGAAUGGCUGGAUUCUUAAGCCCACCGGUUUCCUAACAAAUCACGACGAUAUACCGACAAGGACGGUCGACCUACGAAUCACUGUUCUAGCAGGGCAGUCGAUUCCCGUACCUGAGGGUGGGCAAGCUAAGAAGCUGCGCACCCGAGUGAAGGUGGAAUUGCACGUCGAAAAGCCAAACAAAGCGCUUGACUUGACGCGAACCACUCAGCCACAAGCGACCGAGAAUCCAGACUGGGAGCGUAGUCCAUACCCGCUUAACUUCCUGAAUGUGGGUGGGAUUGUGGAAGAGCUCAGCUUCGUGAGGUAA